AUGAAGCUCCCGUCGCAGUCAGCCUUUCGCGCGUGCCUCGGCGCCCGACUAGCCGCGCGCCCCGCUCAGAUCCGCGCAAGGGUGCAAAACCUCACCUCGCAACUGCACUCGCGAGAUCGAAGCCUUUUCCGAACAUGCUUUGCGCGCUCGACCGGCAUCAGCUCUGAAAGUGCGGUCCUCCGUACCUUUUCAACCUCCGCAGCUGUCAGGCUGGGUGCGAGCAUCGCAGCUCAAUCUCCCACCACCAUCACCAUCCUCGGAAAAGAGUAUCCUACGGAUGACUACACCAACAUCCCAGCCUCGAUCCUGUCACGGCUUACGCCGACACCGGCUCUUCCUUACACUAAGAACCACCCUCUAGCGCUCUUACGCGACCAGGUCGAGGCAUCGCUUGGCCCCAACUACACCGCUAUUCUUGCCACCUCACCCGUCGUCACCACCGAGCUCAACUUUGAAGAUCUUGGCAUCGCUGCGGACCAUCCUGGCCGAAGCCCCACAGACACUUACUACGUGAAUCGCAACACCUGCCUGCGCACCCACACCUCAGCUCAUGAAGUCGAGACGUUCCGCAACAAGCAUGAGCGGUGGCUGCUCACCGCUGACGUGUAUCGUCGCGACGAGAUCGACGCCUCGCACUAUCCCAUUUUCCACCAGGUGGAAGGAGCGGCCAUCUUCCCUCCCAGCGAAUAUGCACCCGGCGGCAAAGUGGAACAAGAAUGCUUGGAGAUGGAGGCCAAGCUGGCCCAGGCGAAUUUCGCGAUCGAGGACCAAGUCGGCCUCACUGAGGCUGGAGGGUAUCAGAGCCAUCACGAUCCUCGCGAAGCUGCAUUGGCAGUGCGACAUUUGAAAGCGACGCUCAACAGUCUUGUGUUGCAACUGUUCGGAGAUCGGCACGCCUACGAUGCGGCGCAAAAGGGAGGCUCUGCUGCAGACCCGCUGCGCGUUCGUUGGAUUCCGGCCGUCUUUCCGUUCACGUCGCCGUCUUACGAGGUGGAAGUGUGGUUCCGAGGCAAGUGGCUCGAGAUUCUCGGAUGCGGUGUGGUGCAGCAAAAGACGCUGGACAAGGCAGGUGUGCCCAACCGACUGGGAUGGGCCUUUGGAAUCGGGCUGGAGCGCAUCGCUAUGGUGCUCUACUCGAUCCCGGAUAUUCGCCUCUUCUGGACGCAGGAUCCACGCUUCCUGGGGCAGUUUGCGAGCGCGAGCAGCAACUCGGUCUCUGCAGCAGGCGGCCAAUCCAACAAAACCGCCGGCCAGCCUGCUUCCAAACCCGAGCUGCUCACAUUCAAGCCGUACUCGAAAUUCCCGCCAUGCUACAAGGAUGUGUCGUUCUGGUUGCCACAGGACCGCGCGUUCCACGAGAACGACCUGUUCGAGAUCGUGCGUGAUCGCGUCGGCGAUCUGGUCGAAGAUGUGGUCAAGAUCGACGACUUUGUCCAUCCCAAGACGCAAAAGCAGAGUCUGUGCUACCGGAUCAACUACCGGUCCAUGGACAGGUCGCUCGAGAACGACGAGGUGAACCAGCUCCACUCGGAUGUUCUGGCCAGGCUGGUCGAUCAACUGUCGAUUGAGAUUCGAUAG